GGCCCAUCCGUAGUUUUGCAAAAAUUACAAAAAUGUUGGGGCACCGACGAAAACAAAGCAAUGCGAAAACCGCAUGGUGUGGACGCCGUGGAUAACAUUGAUUAUGACGGGGCUUUCAUUGUUUGUGUAGGUCUACCGCACAUGAAAUAGAUGGCACGAGUUUGCUUUUAGUGAACGCAAACAUGACAGUUUGUAUGGCGACGAGGACUGUGUUGUUACAUACAACUACAACUAGGAUGAUUACCUGAACGCUCGCGAAGCAAUGACAUGUUUUCUUCAGUAUGAUUACCGUAUUUGUAACGCUCUUGGCACUUCAUUCAGUACUUGGAGUGGAGCGCUGUUUGCUGAAGGAGCUGAGAACCGCAUGUUCCAUCCCGGUCAACAACGAUACUGUCGCAACUGAGGUUAUUGUCAACAUCUGUCAUCUGCCAGUUGACGUCACGUUCAACAUUAUGAUCAUAGAGAGAAACAUCACGUGGGCUCACACAUUUGCUUCGACAAAUUCCGCAGAGACUCGGAGCAUUACUACUCCUGACAAUGGACGUCCGUUCCUGCUACAGGUUUUAAUGAUGCGGCAGAAUGGAACACUGGAGAUGGCUGCUGGGUACACCACGUCCCCAUCCUACAGUACCUAUUGGUUCCUCAACGGUUCCGUGGCCGAGUCACCUGGCAACGAGAACUGUCAGGCAGUGGCAACAGGUGAUACAACGGCCUCAGCCUUAGUGACGGUUGCACUCCUGGUUGCCGUUGCAAGCAUGGCCACCUUUGUCUGGAAACAACACAGGAGACAGAAGCUCUUGGAACAGAAGACGACCCUGGAUGAUGCCAACGCUUACUUGAGGGUCGUUGGGACGCAAGACACAGAAGAGCCUCUUCCACGCUUCUUCGUGGACAAUUUGGUUGCGAUCAAUCCUUUCGCCCAAUCUGAGACGUCAGUCUGAAGGGGCAGCUCAAAGUCGUUAAUGUAGGUUGUGGCGGAAAAACUGUAAUUGUCACUGCUUGUACGCAAGAUGGGAAAAUAUGUACACAAACAUUUCA